AUGCGCGAGACAGCCAGCCAGCCAGCCAGCUCUUCACCUUUACCUGGCUGUCAUUCAAGGAGGACAUCAUACAGUGAUUGCUGCCAUUCCGCAACUGCGUACCCUUCGCGUUCAACCGAGAUCAAGUGUGUUUCUUCGCCAGCUAACGAACGUCACUGCACGAAAUUGGGCGUCUUCACCACCGACGACCAUAGCGCUCUACAACUGCGCCACGAAUAUCGCUCUGCAUGGGAUUUGCGAUCUCAUCAAAGCGCUAAGUCCAGACGCAGUUGUGGAUUGGGAUUUUGGUCGGGUGUUGCCGAGCGAAGGUGUUGA